CCCCGCCCCCGGCGAUUGCGCCGCAGCGCUCGGGCCCCCCCGGCCCAGGAGGGAGGCGGCCGGAUCAAGAUGGCGGCGCGAGUGCUGCUGCGGCGGAGCCUGGCGGGAGCCAGCGCCGUGCCGCGCCUCCCGCCCGGCGGCGGGCUGGCCCUCAGGGGGCUGGUAUCUUCAGCUAGCAGACCUCGUGAAGACAGUUGGUUAAAAUCGCUAUUUGUUCGCAAAGUUGAUCCAAGGAAAGAUGCUCACUCCAACCUUCUAGCCAAAAGAGAGACCAGCAGUCUGUAUAAACUACAGAUUCACAAUGUAAAACCAGAAUGUCUAGACGCCUACAACAAGCUUUGUCAAGAGGUGCUGCCAAAGAUUCAUGAAGAAAAACACUACCCAUGUGCACUGGUGGGGACUUGGAACACGUGGUACGGAGAGCAAGAUCAGGCUGUUCAUCUGUGGAGAUAUGAGGGAGGCUAUCCUGCUCUCAAUGAGGUCAUGAGUAAACUCCGCCAAAAUAAGGAAUUCACAGAGUUUCGCAAAGAAAGAGGUAACAUGCUUCUCUCACGCAAGAACCAGUUAUUGUUGGAGUUUAGUUUCUGGAAUGAACCUGUUCCCAGAGAGGGGCCUAAUAUUUAUGAACUGAGAUCCUAUCAACUUAGACCUGGAACAAUGAUUGAAUGGGGAAAUUACUGGGCUCGUGCAAUUCGUUUCCGACAGGAUAAUAAUGAAGCAGUUGGAGGAUUUUUCUCACAAAUUGGACAGCUGUAUAUGGUUCAUCACCUUUGGGCUUACAAAGAUCUCCAAACCAGAGAAGAUAUAAGGAAUGCUGCAUGGCAUAAACCUGGAUGGGAUGAACUAGUCUAUUACACAGUGCCCCUUAUUCAGGAAAUGGAGUCCAGAAUCAUGAUACCGUUGAAGAUUUCUCCACUUCAGUAAAAUCACUGAUUUACUUGUGCCUACAUAGAUACAGUGACAAGUAUUUGUCUUAAUUUAAUUUAUGGUAUACAUUGUAUAUCAUAGUCUGAAAUAUAAAAAUACUGUAUUGAGCUUAUAAAAGAGACCUCUUUUCUUGAGAAUCUAAUGUCCUUUUGCUCUGACGAUUGUACCAGGGAGAAAAGAAAUAUAGGACUGUAAAUAAAAGGUUGGUUAAUUGAAAACAAGUGCAAAGACAUAUAUGAGUUCCUCUUUGAGACAGCUCAUCAAGUUGAAUAUGGCAUACAGUAUUUAAUAUCUUCUGCUACAUACAGGAUGCCCAGUGUUCAGUAACCGAACAUAGUGUUACAGUUGCUGUGGCCUUUGUCUAGCAUUAUAAUGACUGCACAUUUUAAAAACGAGUGUGAGAGUUCUGAAAUUAGAAGCUCUGAAGCCCUCAGAUAGCUCUGAAAUACAAGUAGAUGUUCUCGCAGGCCUGAAAUCAGUAAGUAGCUCUUAAUUUACAAAUAGCCAGUCAUUAAUUGAGGAUAAUACUGUUUGUCAGGUGAUAGCUUAUGGACAGAGAAUAGGGCAUUCUGUUUUGCAAGACUCUAAAGCCUGUUGAAACUAAUCACGCAUUUGUGUAGAUCCCUACACCUGAAAUAAAUUUUGUGAAGUAUGACCUACAGUUUUCAAAGAGGUACUGACAAGACAUGGUUGUCUGUUCUGCAGGGAAUCGAGUUCAGAUAGAUACAUUUAACUCUACAAAUAACUUGGAAGUCUAGGAAAAGGGGUUUAAUUUAGUAAGCAAUCAUGACUUCAGACAUAUGCUUGGUCGAGUGUUUCACUAACUGUACAGUAGGUACUUAUGAAUUGAUGUGUGAAACUGGCGCAUGUUGAGUCAAUAGGAUUGGCAUAAAGCAGUGUACCAUUAUGUCCAGUUCUAUUUUGGUUUCACUUUUAGACUAGAAUGUAUCAACACUUUUGGUGUCUGCAAUGAUGUGAACAUCCUGUAAGUGAAAAUAAUAUUCUCUCUUUAAAGUGGCUACAAGAAUCAGUGUAACAUACAGAAUGUACAAAUCAGUUACUGAAUGUCCAAUUUGUACAUUUUAAGGAGUUUUCAGGAAGAACAUACCAGUCAAUAAAAUCCUUUUAAUUUUCACA